UGCUGGUUUGUUAGGCGGUUUUUUGGGUGAAAUUGCAAGGAAGUUUAAGGAUUUUCCUAUAAUGUACGACAAUUGGAAACUAGUUCCAUCGACAAGAAAAAAUGAAAAUUUUAAGGAUAAAAUACAGUCAAAAUUUGUUGUUGAUGAUGAAGACAACAAAAAAUAUAUCCUUUCAAGCCUUGGAAAGAAAUGGCAAGAUGCACGAUGUAGGUUGUUUAAGAAAUUUUAUAAGUGGGAUCUUUCUUUGGAGGAAAAUCUACAAUAUUAUCCACGUUCUAUUAAUGAAGACCAUUGGACUAUUUUUGUCCAAUACAGGCGUAAGACAGAUACAAUGGAGAAGGCUGAUAAAAAUGCUGCAAAUAGAGAAAUGUAUUCAAUUUGUCAUAAAAAGUCUGAUCGGUCAUUUGUCAACGACGAAGCCAAGGAAAAAUAUAAACAAUUGCAAGCUGAAAUUGGGAAGACUCAUUCUCCAAAUGAAGCAUUUGUUAAUGUGUUUGGAAAAGAACAUCCUGCAUAUGUUCGUUGUAUGAGACUUGGAAUAACACCGUCACAAAUUACUACAUCUACUUCUCACUCUGCUUAA